AUGUCCACUCCCAAUGUAACCAACAUUUCUUCAGAUGAUGAAGACGAUGAAAUAGAAGUCCUCGAAUUCAGAAAAUUGACUCAGGACUUGUUAGACCAUCCUUCCCAAUCUGAAGAAAGAAGAAUCACAAAAAAACUAUCAGAUGUGCAAUGUCCCAUUUGUUUUGACGAUGUUAAUAUGGCAACAACAACUUCUUGUGGACACAUUUUUUGCUUGGAAUGUAUAGAACAUAGUAUUUCGAGCUCACAUGCCAGAGGUCAGGUCAGGUCGAGUCAAAGAGGAAGAGGGUUGUGUCCAUUAUGUCGAAAGCAAGUUGUUUUCAAAGAGACAAUCCCACUCAAAAUGAAAAAGGCCAAUAACAUAGGUAAGCCGAAUUUGCCACCCAAAUAA